AUGGCACAGCUUGGUACCUGCGUGGCCCUCACAUAUACGUCCUACCACCUCAACCGUGUAGAGUACUACAGACACGCAAUUCUCAACUCAAUGGUCAAAAAGAGGAGCAAAUCCAAGGGUACCAAGACCACAUCUGCCCACCGAGCCAAUGGAAUCACUGCGCCUUGCACAUCGACCCACGUACCGGUGUUGCUCAUGCCAGUGCCAACUGAUGACCCCGGCGGAGAUGGCGAAUGGAGCACGGAAAGCAAGUCAAUGAUGCAGGAACAGGAACAACCCAGGAAAGCAAAGGGACUUCGCACUUUGUGCAAGACUGAGAAGAGGCAAGUCGCUCACGGCUCUGAGGGAGUCGAUCCCUGGUCGCCAAUCAUUGAGAUCCAGUGUUGCCGUUCGCUGAGGCUGAAGGGAUGGCCCCUGGCUGCUCGGCCUCUUUAUCUUGGGACGGGUGGAAUGCUGAGGGAUAAUAUGCUCUCUCCUUCAUCGUCAAAUCUCAUGCCGCAAAUGGUCUCACCCUACGCCUCGGUCAUCCCAAAAUCAGGGACUUGGGGUCCUCAGGGUCUACGGACUCUGUUGAAAGUUCAUGGCUCAGUAACUCAGGACACCGCUGCAACUGGCCAUUGCAGGUCCCUUGGCUUCUCCUGGGCGAUUCCGCCGAGCCAUCGUUCCUGGGCAAACACGCAGUCUGAAUGGUCGAGUGUUUCCAGGCUUUUCGCCAUCUUCCUGACCCCUGAAGGGCUUGACAGCCAGCCAACACUGUUUAACUCCAUCGUUUUGCAUUACUAG